AUGCUACGUUCAGGCCCAAAAAUCCCGGGGAAAAUCCCGGGAAGAAAUCGUGCGGCAGAUAAAGAGUUUGCCAAUCGACACCUUGAUAAUGCUAUUAAGAACAACCACUUGAAUAUCAUGUUAACGGGAAAUUACAGAAUGUACUCAGUAGGUUAUUUUGAUGCAUCGCCACCGUCAUCAUGCAAGAAAGCUAUUGAGAUAAACUAUCCCUUAAAAUCUGAUUGCAAUGAUAAAGAUGUUAGAAUCUGGGGUUCUUGUAAUGGCUUGCUUUGCUUUGGGAUUUUUGAGGAUGGUUGUAUUUGUUUAUGGAACCCAUCUACAAGAGAGUACAGGAAAAUACCACCUCCGCCAUUAACUUCAGGUUUUUCCGUGAAGGAUGCCUCAUAUGGGUCAUAUGGGUUUGGUUAUGAUUACUUGAAUGAUGAUUACAGGUUGGUGAGGAUAUUAUUUGGGGACGAUAAGAAAUCUGAAGUACAAGUCUACACGUUAAGAAUUACGUUCUGUAGGAUUUCAUUCGAUCCCCACUCAUUCUAA